UGCAGUCUUGCAACCAUGCCAGGAUUCCUUCUCCCCCUGCAAAUCAGCAGGCUGUCUGGAGCCCUUGGGAGGUUGUGGAGGGUGUGGGGCAGCUGUCCCGUAACACUGCAAGGUGGUGGAAGACAGGGUGUGUGUAGUGGAGGUGGGGUUCCCGUUCGCAGGGUGCCAGCCCACUGGGGCUUUGCAAGGGGCAUCCGGAGCUGGGCAGCUGCUCCGUUGGCCAUGGCAGCCAAGGUGGAUCUGACCACGUCCACUGACUGGAAGGAGGCCAAAUCGUUUCUGAAAGGGUUGAGUGCUAAGCAGAGGCGAGACCAUUAUUUCACCAAGGAUUUCAUUAAACUGAAGCAAAUGCCCUCAUGGAAAGAAAUGGCAAAAAGUGCCCGGGUUAAGCCCCCAGAAGAGGCCGUCUACCCGAAAGACAAUCAUCUGAACGAGAAGAUCUCUCUCUUCCGUGGCGAUAUCACCAAGCUGGAGGUGGACGCAAUUGUCAACGCUGAUCAGGGGCCGGGGCAAGAGAAUUGUCAAGCCGUGGUCCCCGGGAGCAGUGUCGUCGUCACGCCCUUUGGCACCUUUUCCCCGUUGCCUUGGCUGGUGCCGCUGCUCCUUCAGGCUUUCCCCAGGGUUGAGCUUUAG